GUUUCUUGCGUUAUGGUUGUUCUGGCUGCUUCAAUUUGUACAAAGGCUGGAAAAGCCGUCCUUUCACGGCAAUUCGUGGAAAUGUCCCGUUCUCGCAUUGAGGGGUUGAUUGCAUCGUUUCCAAAACUCAUUGGUGUUAGCGACCAGCACACAUACAUUGAAACAGAUGCUGUGCGUUACGUCUAUCAGCCUUUGGAUAAUCUUUUCAUGGUUUUGGUUACAACAAAAAACUCUAAUAUUCUGCAAGACAUUGAUACGCUCCACUUGUUUGCUAGACUCGUAUCUGAAUACUGUCGAUCCAAUGACGAGCGUGAAAUUGCCAAACAUGCAUUCGAUUUGUUGCUGGUAUUCGACGAAGUGAUUUCACUUGGAUACCGUGAAAAUAUCAACUUGGGUCAAAUCAGAACCAUCUCUGCCAUGGAAAGCCACGAAGAGCGUGUUCAAGCCGAGAUCGAAAAAAACAAGGAAAAGGAAGCUGCAGAAGAACUCAAGCGCAAGGCCAAGAUGAUGGAUACUCAACGCAGAGAUGCUGCCAAAAAGGGAUAUGGAGGCUCUUCUGGUGGAUUUGGUGGAUUUGGUAGUGGGAAACGAGGCUCUGGAAUGGGCAGUGGUGGCUCAGGUAACAUGACAGGGAUUUCCUCUGGAUUCUCAAACUCUUCCAACCAAGGUGGUUCCAAUCAAGGUCCAUCUAAUAACUACAGUCCCUCGUCGUCUUCUGCCAAUAACUUUGGCCAGGGAUCUGCUCAAUCCAUGCCUGCAUCUGCUCCAGUUUCUGGACGCGGAAUGCAGCUAGGAGGAAGUCAGCGCCAAAAUUCGGUACUGGAAAGCAUUACCGCUUACGAAGGAAUUAAAACACCAUCCAAUUCUACUACAGCAACUGGUGGAUCGACACAAGCUACAGUACGACCUGCUGUUCACGAAGAAGGCGUUCAUGUUGUUGUUGAAGAAAAAGUAUCUGUGGCUAUUAGUCGGGAUGGUGGUCUUCAAUCAUUUAAAGUAAACGGCAGCAUGAUGCUCAAGAUUAACAGUCCAUCGUCUGCCCGCGUAAAGUUGGAGAUUGUUCACAAUUCAGAUCCCAACUUGCGUUUUACCACGCAUCCCAAUGUGGACAAGGGUUUGUGGGCCUCUGACUCUGUUAUUGCUCUUCGUGACCCCUCUCGUCCCUUUCCUGUUGGUCAAGCACUUGGUAUUUUAAGAUGGAAAGUUUCUUCUCGCGAUGAGACUCUUGCGCCGUUACUCAUCAAUUGCUGGCCUUCGCCUACUGGAAAUGGUGCAUGUGAUGUCAACAUUGAAUAUGAGCUGCAAAAUCUCGGUCUUGAGCUUCAUGAUGUAUUGAUUUCUAUCCCUUAUCCCGGCAGUAAUGCUCCAACUAUUGGUGACGUUGAAGGCCAUUACACUAUCAAUCGCCAAAAUCGUGUCAUUCAAUGGUCACUGCCUUUAAUUGAUGCUUCCAAUUCGUCUGGCGUACUUGAAUUCAACGUUUCAAGCGAGGACGUGAAUGCAUUUUAUCCGAUUGAAAUUGUGUUUACAUCUUUCAAACUUCUCAAUCCCAUUCAUAUCUCAAAUGUCAAUACUGUGGAAGGUGAUGCAGCUACUUUUUCGAUCGAGAAUCUACUUCGGUCAGACGUGUAUCAGGUCGUGUAAGACAAAAUCUAGUAUUUGCAGAAAUUAUGUGGCUGCCAUUAAAAAUGCAAAUAAAGCUAGUUUGGUUUCUGACAUGGUAACAUGC